AUGGGCAAGAGGAAGUUCAGUGGGCUGGAAAUCACCCUGAUCGUCCUCUUCUGCCUGGUGGCGGUCAUAGCCUGUGUCUUCAUUGGGCUUUUAGCAUCAGGACAAUCCGGGGUCAAAACUACAGGUAAAGAAUUUAAGCCAGAAUGUCCGAACAUAUUAAGAGCAGAGAGAAUUGAUUGCAUCCCGGAACAACUAGCAACAAAGAGCACCUGCAAGUUGCGUGGCUGCUGCUGGAGUCCUGAGAGUGAUACCAGUGUGCCCUGGUGUUUUUUCUCUUCAAACCAUGGGUACAAAGUGGAUGGGUCGACAAGAUCAACUCAGGCAGGAUUUGAGACUACAUUAAAAAGGCUGCCAUCACCUUCCCUCUUUGGAAAUGAUAUCAACACUGUCCUCCUCACAGGAGAGUAUCAGACACAAAAUCGCUUCCGGUUCAAGAUCACUGAUCCUAAAACACAAAGAUUUGAAGUCCCCCAUGAACAUGUGCGAACUUUUACUGGAUCCGCAGCCUCCAACUUAAACUACAAAGUAGAUGUGAAGCAGAACCCCUUUGGCAUCGUGGUGACCAGAGUGAGCAAUGGCAGAGUGCUGUUUGAUACUACCAUAGGACCACUGCAGUAUGCUGAUCAGUUUUUACAGCUAUCAAUCAAACUACCUAGCAGCAACAUUUAUGGUGUGGGAGAGCAUGUGCAUAAGCAGUACCGGCACGAUGUUAACUGGAAAACCUGGCCCAUGUUCAGCAGGGAUAUUGGCCCCUCUGGAGCAAUGCAUAACUUAUAUGGAGUUCAAACUUUCUUCCUGUGUUUGGAAGACAGCACUGGAGCCUCCUUUGGUGUUUUCCUAAUGAAUAGCAAUGCCAUGGAGUUUGUGGUGCAGCCUGCUCCAGCAGUGACCUACAGAACCAUUGGCGGGAUCCUUGAUUUCUAUAUCUUCUUGGGGAACACUCCAGAGGAAGUAGUCCAGGAGUACCUGAAGCUCGUGGGACUGCCAGCGUUGCCUUCCUACUGGAGCCUGGGCUUCCAGCUCAGCCGCUGGAAUUAUGGGUCUCUGGAUGAGGUGAAGAAAGUUGUGGAGAGGAACAGGGCGAUUGGACUCCCUUAUGAUGCUCAGAUCACUGAUAUUGACUACAUGGAGGAAAAAAAAGAUUUUACUUAUGAUAAAGUGAAGUUUCGAGAUCUCCCUAGUUUUGCAGCUUAUAUGCAUGAUUAUGGACAAAAAUAUAUUAUCAUAUUGGAUCCUGCUAUUAGCAUACAAAAUCUAGUUGACGGUAGUCCAUAUGGAAGCUAUGUCAGGGGAGAGAGCAAAAAAGUCUGGGUUAACGAAUCAGAUGGAGUAACAGCGUUACUUGGGGAGGUGUGGCCAGGGGAAACUGUGUUCCCAGACUUCACCAAUCCAGACUGCACUAGCUGGUGGGUGGAAGAAUGCAAACUGUUUUAUAAUGAAGUGCCGUAUGAUGGGCUCUGGAUUGAUAUGAAUGAAGUGUCCAACUUCAUUAAAGGCUCAAAAAAUGGUUGUGCGCAGAAUGACUUAAACUAUCCUCCUUUCACUCCCAGUAUUCUUGAUAAGCUCAUGUUUUCCAAGACGCUUUGUAUGGAUGCAGUGCAGAAAUGGGGGAAACAUUAUGAUGUCCACAGUCUUUAUGGAUAUUCCAUGGCCAUAUCAACACAGAAAGUCAUCGAAACACUGUUUCCUGGAAAACGAAGUUUCCUUAUUUCGAGGUCUACUUUUGCUGGAUCAGGAAAGCAUACAGGACACUGGCUGGGAGAUAAUGCAGCAACAUGGGAUCACUUAAAAUGGGCAAUACCUGGAAUGCUGGACUUUAACCUCUUUGGAAUUCCUUAUAUUGGAGCGGAUAUUUGUGGUUUCUUUGAUGACACCACAGAAGAACUUUGCAGACGAUGGAUGCAAGUAGGAGCAUUUUACCCAUUUUCCAGGAAUCAUAAUUGCGAAGGAUUCAUACCUCAGGAUCCAGCUGUGUUUGGACCUGAUUCAGUCUUGGUGAAAACCUCCAAGCAUUACUUGAACAUUCGCUACACUUUGCUGCCCUACCUGUAUACACUCUUUUAUAAAGCUCAUACUCAAGGAGACACAGUUGUACGGCCAGUUUUGCAUGAGUUCUACUCUGACGAAGUGACAUGGAGUGUCGAUAGGCAGUUCCUGUGGGGUCCUGGGCUGCUUAUUUCCCCUGUACUUGACCCGGGUGUGGAUGUAAUUCAAGCAUAUAUUCCUGAUGCAGUAUGGUAUGAGUAUGAUACAGGGGCAAAAAUCUCAGUGAGAAAACAAUGGACCGAUAUGCACCUGCCAGCAGACAAACUGGGACUUCAUUUGAGAGGAGGCUAUAUCUACCCUACUCAACAACCAGCUAACACAACAGUUGCAAGCCGCAAGAAUCCAAUGGGACUUAUAAUUGCCCUGGAUGACAACAAUGCAGCUUCUGGGGACUUGUUCUGGGAUGAUGGAGAAUCUACAGGUACAGUCGAGAGUAAAGCCUACAUUUACUAUCAGUUUACAGUUUCCAAUAAUGUUCUACAAAUGAAUGCUAUAAAUAGCAAUUAUGCUGAUCCAAACAACUUGAAAUUUGAAGAAAUCAAGAUAUUGGGAGCACUCCAGGAAAUAACGGCAGUUACUGUAACUCAGAACAAUGUUGUGGAAAAUUCUCCACUUCAUAUCACCUAUUAUCCUCUAGAAAAGGUUGCUCAUAUAACAGGACUUCAGCUUGAACUGGGAAAAUCUUACACAGUAAAAUGGACUCAACAACUGAGUGUCAAUGAAAGGUUUAAUUGUUAUCCCAGUCCCAAUCCAACACAAGAAAAAUGUGAAAAACUUGGCUGUGUCUGGCAACAGGUGACAUCAAACUCUGAUAUUCCACCCUGCUAUUACAGCUCCGACAAUGCUUACUCUGUAGACAAAGUAGAAUACACCUCGUCAGGUUUGGCAGCCAACCUCACCUUAAACAAUGCCAAGACCAGAGCUAACGAGAAUUUCACAACACCAAUUAGUACAUUACGCUUGGAGGUGAAAUAUCAUCGCAACCACAUGCUGCAAUUUAAGAUCUAUGAUUAUCAAAACGCACGAUACGAGGUUCCGGUACCACUAAAUCUCCCGAGCUCCCCAACGAGCACAGACAAGGAACGACUCUAUGAAGUAUCAGUUCAGAAAAAACCAUUUGGUAUCCAGGUUCGGCGCAAAAGCACAGGAACAGUCAUCUGGGAUUCACAGCUGCCCACCUUCACCUUCAGUGACAUGUUCAUUCAGAUUUCUACCCGCUUAGCAUCCCAGUAUAUAUAUGGAUUUGGAGAAACUGAGCACACCAUGUUUCGCCAUAACAUGAGCUGGCACACCUGGGGAAUGUUCGCUAGGGAUCAGCCUCCUACGUACAAGUUGAAUUCCUAUGGUUAUCAGCCAUUUUACAUGGCUCUUGAAGAAGAUGGCAAUGCCCAUGGAGUUCUCCUGCUUAACAGCAAUGCAAUGGAUGUGACAUUCCAGCCGACCCCUGCCCUGACGUACCGCACCACUGGAGGAAUUCUCGACUUCUACAUGGUUUUGGGCCCAACACCAGAACUUGUUGUUAAGGAGUACACUGCACUGAUUGGACGACCGGUCAUGCCACCCUACUGGUCUUUGGGAUUCCAGUUGUGCCGCUAUGGAUACAGGAAUGACUCAGAAAUCGCCCAGCUGCUGGAGGACAUGAAGGCAUCUAGGAUUCCCUAUGAUGUCCAAUAUGUAGAUAUUGACUAUAUGGAAAGGCAACUGGACUUCACCAUUGGCACACACUUUGCUGGAUUACCAGCUCUGAUUAACAGAAUAAAAGAAGAAGGAAUGAGAUUUAUCAUUAUCCUGGAUCCAGCCAUCUCUGGAAAUGAAACCAAUUAUCCUACCUUCUCAAGAGGUGUGCAGGACGACGUCUUCAUAAAAAGGCCCAAUACCAAUGACAUUAUAUAUUCCAAGGUCUGGCCAUUUCUUCCCAAUGUAGAAGUCAAUGAGUCACUGCCUGAGCAAACCCAAAUACAGAUCUAUGGAGCACAUGUUGCUUUCCCAGACUUCUUCCGCAAUUCCACAGUGGGGUGGUGGAAGAGAGAAAUCCUGGAGUUCUACAACAAUCCCACCAACUCCUCGAGAAGCAUCAAGUUUGAUGGCCUGUGGAUUGACAUGAACGAACCAGCAGCUUUUCUGAAUGGUGCCGUUGACGGUUGUAGAAAUGACCUCCUAAACAUGCCACCGUAUAUACCUCAUUUGGGAUACCGGUCAGAUGGAUUAUCUGUCAAAACUCCAUGCAUGGAAGGUCAACAAUAUCUUCCAGAUGGUACCCCAGUUAGACACUAUGAUGUCCACAAUCUUUAUGGAUGGUCACAAACAAAACCUACCCUAGAUGGCUUGCAGAGUGCCACCAGAGAGCGUGGAAUUGUUAUCACCCGUUCCACAUAUCCCAGUAGCGGAAGAUGGGCAGGACACUGGCUCGGUGAUAACACUGCAGCUUGGGACCAGCUAGCUAAAUCUGUUAUUGGUAUGAUGGAGUUCAGUCUCUUUGGAAUAUCUUAUACAGGAGCUGAUAUCUGUGGCUUCUUGAAAGACUCGGAGUAUGAGCUGUGUCUUCGCUGGAUGCAGCUGGGUGCAUUUUACCCAUACUCAAGGAAUCACAAUCAGAAAGGAACAAGGAGGCAAGAUCCUGUUUCCUGGAACUCAACAUUUGAGGAGAUUUCCAGGAAUGUGCUGAAUAUAAGAUACAGCCUGCUACCCUACCUCUACACAUUAAUGUAUGAUGCCCAUGCCCAUGGCAGCACUGUUGUCCGCCCUAUACUCCACGAGUUUGUGGAAGACAGAACAACCUGGGAAAUAUAUGAGCAGUUCCUUUGGGGACCUGCACUGCUCAUCAGCCCUGUGAUGCAACAGAAUGCUGUAACAGUGAAUGCUUACUUACCCAAUGCCCGCUGGUACGAUUACUACACAGAUGAAGAUAUCGGCUUUAGGGGACAAUUCAAACUUCUACCAGCUCCUUUGGAACAUAUCAACCUGCAUAUCCGAGGUGGAUACAUCCUUGCUUGGCAAAGACCUGCUAAUACAACCUUUUACAGCCGAAAAAACCCGAUGGGACUCACUGUCGCUUUGAAUGACACUCUGUUUGCAGAAGGACAGCUUUAUUGGGAUGAUGGGGUUCGCAUUGAUGCAUAUGAAGACGGUGUGUAUCUGUUAACAUCAUUUACUGCUAAUCAGAAUGUUUUAGAUAUCCAGGUUUUGCAUCACGGUUACACUGAUCCAAACAACUUAAUGUUUACUGAAAUUAAAGUCCUGGGGGUGUCCACCAGCGUGAAGCAGGUGACCGUAACACAGAACGGCGGGACAAUCGCAUCGUCUCACACCAUGGACUACAAUAAUGCGAAGAAGCUCCUGACAAUCACCAAGCUUCAACUUGAAUUAGGCAAAGACUACACCGUGCGAUGGAGCUAA